UACCAUAUAUGUAAAUAUUUACAUAUGUAAGGCCAUACUAUAUUAAUUGUUAGAUUAUCAUCCAUUUCCACUAUUUUCAUGCCUCUCCUUUACUUUCUAAGAUAAUCUAUGAAAUAUUUCUAUAAGAAAUGUAAUAAAUUAUUUUCUUUCACUUAUUAUUUCUUAUAAUCAAUCCAUUUUACAAAAAAUAACUAUUACAUGUCAUUUUUGUCUUUAACUCUUCAUUAAAACAAAAAUGAAAUAUCUGAAAUAAAAAAUGAAAUAAAAUUCUCCCUUUCCAUCUUAGGCCCCGCACCAUUAGCAGUUGGGCUAAAACGAUUAAGUAAGAAUUCAGCCGGCCACUGUGUAUCUAGGCAGGAAAGACUGGAAAAAUAUAUCCGGAUAAUGUUAUCGACAUACCCACUUCCUUGGAAGGACGUCACAACCCUGAUACAACAAUAAUAAUAAAUUUAACUAUCUCAAAUGACAUCUAAAAUAUGGCAAUCGUACUUCAUAUGAAUAAAGGUACCAUAAGCAUAUGGCUUACUUAAAUUAAAGCCGCUGCUUUGCCAAAAUGUGAUGCCAAUAACCUGUAAAGAUUCAACAUUUUGAUAUUCAAAAAUCCCAUUUUUGGUGUUACACUGAUCCUUCAUUCCCAUAUCUCGGUGUUACCUCGUAAAAAGUGCAUGGAAAACAUUUAUCUAUUCCCUUUCAUUAUUAAAUGUCACAAGUCGUUCAACUCAUAAAAUUAGCCACCAGACUGCCUAUCAGAUGAGAUAAAAUACGCAUUACUGUAUUAAUGAAGGCCGACGAAACACAGAACUCGCCUUCAAAACAUUCCCAGAUCGUCAUUCUCACGAAUGAUCUUGAAAAGCAAUGAUUUUCUGGAGCAUCUACUUAUUGCCGAUUGUAAUACAAUGUUCAGUAGGUACUGAUUAGUACAAAAGACAUUGGCCAGUUUACUCACAAUGUGUACUUUCUGCAGUGAUUUCCGCCAUUUAUUUCCGCGUUCUAGUGUUAUAUUUUGCGCGAAUGGAUUAUUUGCGCAUGUUGGUGUUGCUGGAUAUACACGGCGAAGUUAUAAUAUUAAAAAUUUUACUAUCUUGACCUGUUACGAAGUUUAAAAAGUCAUUUUCCUUGUACUGAACAAUAUUGCGUCAGGUUUGGGAAUGCAGUUUUCAGACAGAUAAUUGGUAUUUAAUAAAAGUAGAAAGUAGGCACUGAUCAAUAUGCUGUAUCAUACAUAUCAUUAGAUUUUCUUAAGACAUUGAAAGGGAGAAACAGUUCUUAGGUUCGUAUUAUGUCGAUAUGUUUAAGACUAAGACUUCUUACUGCUUAUGUGUGUUUGUCGCUUUUACUUAUAUAGUUUUCAAGAACUAUUAUGGAGUACGUAGGAUAAAAGACUCAGCAGCAGGAAACCAUGCCUCUCCAAAUAUCAGGAAGUUCAUCAAAAUUGAGAAUGGGAGACAUCUUGAAUAUGAUAAAAUCAUCGUCAUAGUAGCAUAUGGUAGAUCUGGAUCCACAUUUACGGGUUCAAUAUUUCGAGAAAUUCCCGGUGCAUUUUACCUUUAUGAGCCUAAUCGAUCUCUACCAUUUACAAAAGUGAGAGACAACACUGUCACAUUAAGUUAUUUCUAUAAAAAAACUAGUUUGUAUGAUAUGACAUGGAAAACAGGAGAUUUGCUAUAUGCGAUAAACCUCUGGCUUCGCUGUGACUUAAGUUCAUUUUGUAUGCCCAUAAGUUUGGAAAGAAUGUCAACACCGAACGUACAUGGUUGCUGUGGGCAAAAUAGAGCAUUUAACACUUGUCUGCAAGCAGAAGAAAUCUACUGUAAGAAAGCACCUGUAAAAGUUCUGAAAUUUAUUAAGCUCAGAAUGAAAUAUUUAUUACGGUUCCUGCAAGUGUAUCCAAACAUGAGAGUGAUUCAUCUUGUUAGAGAUCCGAGGGGAAUAUUUAAUUCAAGAUGGGUUAAAGAAAGACAUACAGAUUGGAAACUGAUUGUGCAGAGGCAUUGCAGUAGAUUGAUAGAAGAUUUAACAUACUCAAAAAGGAUUACUGUACAAUAUCCAAACAGGCUUCUGAUUGUCAGUUAUGAGAACCUUGCCAAUGAACCUAUAAAAACAGCGAGAGAAAUGUUCCAAUUCGCUAGUUUAAAUUUUUCAAAUUAUAUUACACGAUUUUUAGAAAACCAAACACUUUCCAACCGAGAUACUUGUAGAUACUGCACGCAGAGGAAGAAUUCUACUGCAACUGCAACAAAAUGGCGUACAAAGCUUGACUCAUAUACUGCACAAUUUAUACAAAGCGCUUGCAGAGUAAGCAAUAAAGUUUUAGGCUACCUUCCAUUUUCUGGAGAAAAUGAAAUGAACAACUUUUCAAUUCCAUCAAGAAAGUUAGUAGAUAUACAGCAGGAAUUGUUAUCAUACAAAGACUUGUAAUAUGAAAGUUGCCCAUAAGAUUUAAAAAUGAAAUAAUGCUUAAAUAUAAUGAUGCAGGAUACUCUUUAUUAUGGAGUGUAUUGAUGAAAGGUUAAAACUAUUAUAAGUAAGGGUUUUAGAGUACAACCUAUUUAACGGGGCGGAAGAUUUGCAUUAAAGGAUUAGGUGAAUGCAUUUGAUAUGCGCUUUAAGACUUUAAAUAUAAGCUUAGUUAAAGCUGUACAGAAUACAUUUUGUUGUCGUGUAAAGUUAGCUGCACAAUAGCCUGAGCGAGACUCAGUCAACCGAGUUUGCUAUUAUUUUACUUGGUUGCGUUCAAUGCUCUCCAAGUGAUCUUCGCACAAAUUUUAUUUAGCAAAUUCUAGUUUAAUCAUAUUUUAUUGUAAUUAUCACACAAGACAUUAUGGUAAAUGUACAUGAAGACAAUAAUAUACAGAUACAUAUGUAAAUAUAUAUACAACAGCAAAUUAUCAUUACAUCAAGACAUAUAUAACACUAUUGUUUCUUGCAUACCAGAUGGGGAUUUCCGGUGUUUUCACCGGUGCUGGAAAAACUCAUUUACACCCCGGGGUGUAAGAUGAGUCACGCGCUUUAAAUGACGUAAACACGCACUACUUUCGGAACUACUUUUAAUUCAACAAAACUACGUCAUAGACGAGACAAAAUUAAAUAGAAAUAAAAAUAAAAAACAUAAUUAUUUGUUCCUCACAUUUAGCAAUUAGGCAAAAAGUACAAUUCAAUAUGUAAAACGGGGCCUCCGUGGCCGAGUGGUUAAGGUCGCUGACUUCAAAUCACUUGCCCCUCAUCGAUGUGGGUUCGAGCCUCAUUCGGGGCGUUGAAUUCUUCAUGUGAGGAAGCCAUCCAGCUGGCUUACGGAAGGUCGGUGGUUCUACCUAGGUGCCCGCUCGUGAUGAAAUAAUGCACGGAGGGGCACCUGGGGUCUUCCUCCACCAUCAAAGCUGGAAAGUCGCCAUAUGACCUAUAAUUGUGUCGGUGCGACGUUAAACCCAACAAACAAACAACAAACAAUAUGUAAAACAAUGAAAAAGAGUAAACACUUAUAAAAUAAGCCAUAACAAUUUCCGUCAGCGUUUCAUUGUUUACAAAACAAACAUGUCUAAUGUCACUAUCAUAAGAGAGUUCAAAAUCGGGGACGUUGUCCAAAUCGGCUCCGUAGGUGAAAAGGGGCGUAUCAUAGACAUUAUUAGGCCCUUAGGCACGUAUUGCAUGUACAAAGUACACAUGUACUUUACUGGAGAGGUGAAAACUGCUGCAAGAUAUGAAUGAGUAAAAGGUUUUCCUGAUGA